CCACUCUUGACUCCCCGCACCCACUGCUCACACCCCGUGCCUACACCUGACCCCUGUACCCACAGCCAACCCCUUUGCCCACCUCGGGCUCAGUGGUUCUGUGGGGGCUGGCCUGGCAGCAGCCAGCCUGACCCCCAAGCAAACCCCACCGGUUUCACGGAAUCGCAGAAUGGUUUGGGUUGCAAGGGACCUUAAAGACCGUCUUAUUCCACACUCCCUGCCAUGGACAGGGACACCUUCCACUAGAGCAAGUUGCUCUAAGCCCUGUCAGAUGUGGCCUUAAUUUUCAUAUUUAGGGGUUGUAGCAGCAGCAGAUGUGCGUGGUGGCAGCUCUUUGCCAGCAGAGAAUGGGAACAUCAAUGUUCAGGUAGGGUUUGCUCUUCUCCACUGAGCCCAGAGGCAGAGGAGGUGAGAUGAAGGCUGUAACACGGAUCAGUUCUAGUCAGUUUGAGAGGAUCUCACAUUCAAGGUGUUUCCAGGAACUUAGGGACACCCUUAUUUUACCUGAAGAAACCAUCACAAAAUUAUUCCAGAAAGAUUAUUUGUUUAAGGUAUGUUUAUUUUGUAAUUUUGUUUUGGACUGGGAGUUUGUUGGGGUUUUCAUUCUUUUACCAUGGGUCAGUAACAAAUUUUGGGUUAACACAGGAAUAUUUCUUGUACCUAAGACAAGAAAAAAAAAUUAAAUAGAUUUUUUUUCAUCCCAAACACUAAAGAGUUCAGCCUUUACACAAGUCACUACUUAGUCACAGUCCCAUCGUCAGCAAAUUAAAAUAUUUAAAUAGCCAGAUUCACGUACAUUAUGAAUCCAGUGCAGAAAAAAAAAAAAAAAAAGCACCAAACUUAACAAUGACAAUAAUUAAAAAUGAAUUCGUAAUACUAAAAAGUCACACAGAAAUAUAAAUACAGUCCUGGAAAGCACAAGUUUCCUUUAAAAAUUGACAUGAAAAUGUAAUAUAAGAAAAAUAUGUUUCUAAGAAGUAAAAGGUCAGCUUUUAGUCCAGCUUUCCUGGAACUGAAGUACCACCUCACUGAUUCUAAAGGUUGCAGAAGAAAGUUUCUGGAAUGAGUGGAGGAAGUCAGAUCCUCAAGCAUCUUUAACCUUAACAACAGCAGAUGGAUUUUCUGUGGUUUUCACAGUCCAUUUGGGUAGACUACAGAAGGUAGAAACUUUGCCAAGAAAGCAGCACAGGAAACAAGUAAUGUUGACUCCUAAUGUUGCAAACCUAGAAGAAACCUGGCCCCUGGUUCCAGGUGUGGGGGAAACCUGGCUGAAAAGGACUUUUUUAAGAGUGUAGAGAAAGGAGAGGCCAGUGGAAAAGCCAGUGAAAGUUGGCCUGGCCUGGAACUGCAAAAUGAUGGCCCACGCAGGUACUUAAAGAUGACAAAAGGAUAUCAGCUGUUGAAGAAAGAAACAAGGCGUAAUCAUGGCUGACAGCAGUGCUCUGGUGUCCGAAACUGGGAGGAGCCUCUUGGCUGAUUCUUCUGUUCUUGACUCAAAAAUUAUAGAAACCUCCAAAGAGAAUGUAUUCCGUGCAACUGUUCUGGAUGUUGAAGCAGAAGAAAUGCCUCAAAUAGAAACAAGAGUGGUUUUGGUUCAGGAAGCAGGGAAACGUGAGGAGCUUCUGAAAGCCUUGGAGACCAUUAAGAUAAUGGAAGUACCUGUUAUAAAGAUAAAGGAAAGUAGUCCUGAUAAAUCAGAAGAAAAACUAAUAAAAAGUAUUAUUCAUAUGGAAAUUAAAAUGCCCUACAUAAAGACAGACACGAUAGAAGAGCUGGGAGAUUCUGAUUCCCCAGAAUUUGAGACCAUCUUCGUCGUGUCAGACUUCCAAGCUCCCAUCUUCAGCAACCUCUGCAAGGCAGAUUGCCGAGUCAUCGGGCCGCCGGUGGUGCUGCACUGUGCACAGAGAGGAGAGCCUUUACCUUUCUCCUGCCGUCCACUGUACUGUGCAAGUAUGUUAAACUUGGUACUGUGCUUUACAGGAUUCAGAAAGAAAGAGGAAUUAGUUAAGCUCGUGACCUUGGUUCAUCAUAUGGGUGGAAUUAUUCGAAGGGACUUCAGCUCAAAAGUUACUCAUCUGGUGGCAAACUCAACACAUGGAGACAAAUUCAGAAUUGCUGUGAGUCUUGGUAUUCCUAUCGUGAAAGCUGAGUGGAUUUAUAAGGCAUGGGAGAAAAGAAAUGAAAUUGGUUUCUGUGCAGCUGAUGACAACUUUAGAAACCAGUUCAAGGUUCCUCCGUUUCAGGAUUGCAUGUUGAGUUUCCUGGGAUUCUCUGAUGAUGAGAAAGCUAACAUGGAAGAAAUGACAGAAAUGCAAGGAGGACAUUAUUUACCAGUUGGCGAUGAAAGGUGUACGCACUUGGUGGUUGAAGAAAGUACAGUGAAAGAUCUUCCAUUUGAACCUUUAAAAAAGCUUUAUGUUGUAAAGCAAGAGUGGUUUUGGGGAAGCAUUCAAAUGGAUGCCAGAGCUGGAGAGUCGAUGUAUUUAUUUGAGAAGUCGGAGAGCCCUGACUUCAAGAAGUCGGUGUCGCUGCUUUCCCUGAGCACUCCCAACAGCAACCGCAAGCGGCGCCGCUUGAAAGAGACUCUGGCUCAGCUGACCAGGGAGACAGACAUGUCCCCGUUCCCACCUCGGAAACGCCCCUCAGCCGAGCAUUCCCUCUCCAUUGGCUCCUUGCUGGAUAUUUCCAACACUCCCGAGUCAAGCACUGCCAACGGAGAAACACCAAAAUCCUGUGCAAGACCUUCCAAAAAUUCAACUCCUCUUCCUCUCAAGCAGUCUGCAAGGUGGCAGGUUGCAAAGGAAUUGUAUCAGACAGAAAGUAACUAUGUUGAUAUUCUGACAACAAUUAUUCAGUUAUUUCAAGUUCCACUGGAGAAGGAAGGACAACUUGGGGGACCAAUCCUUGCCCAGGAAGAGAUCAAGACCAUAUUUGGCAGCAUUCCAGAUAUUCUUGACGUGCACACUAAAAUCAAGGAAGACCUGGAAGAUCUUAUGAUAAACUGGACUGAAAGUAAAAGUAUUGGUGAUAUCAUUCUCAAAUAUUCAAAAGACUUGUUGAAAACAUACCCUCCGUUUGUGAAUUUCUUUGAAAUGAGCAAGGAGACGAUUACAAGAUGUGAGAAGCAGAAACCAAGGUUUCAUGCCUUCCUAAAGAUAAAUCAAGCUAAACCUGAAUGUGGCCGCCAAAGCCUCGCUGAGCUCCUUAUCCGUCCUGUUCAAAGGCUGCCCAGUGUUGCCCUACUACUAAAUGAUAUUAAGAAACAUACAGCAGAAGAGAACCCAGAUAAAAUAACUCUAGAGAGAGCUAUUGAGUCAUUAAAGGAGGUGAUGACACACAUUAAUGAAGACAAAAGAAAAACAGAGGCACAAAGGCAGUUCUUUGACGUUGUCUAUGAAGUGGAUGGAUGUCCAGCCAAUCUCCUGUCCUCCCACCGCAGCUUGGUGCAGCGUCUAGAAACCGUCGCGCUCGGCGAUGACCUCUGUGACAGGGGAGAGCAGGUCACGCUCUUCCUGUUCAAUGACUGCCUGGAGAUUGCAAGGAAAAGGCAUAAAGUUAUUGGAGCUUUCAAGAGUCCCCAUGGCCACACUAGGCCUCCUGCAUCUCUCAAGCAUGUUGUUCUCAUGCCUCUCUCCCAGAUCAAGAAAGUCUUGGACAUCAGGGAGACAGAAGAUUGCCAGAAAGCUUUUGCCUUGGUAGUGAGGCCACCUACAGAGCUCAACAACAAGCUGCUCAGUUUCCAGAUGACAACUGAGGAGCCUCGCAAGGAGGACUGGCUGAAGACGCUGUGUCGGCACGUGGCCAACACUAUUUGUAAAGCAGAUGCAGAAAAUCUCAUUUAUGUUGCUGAUCCUGAUUCAGUUGAAGUAAAUACUAAAGAUAUGGACAGUACUUUAAGCAGAGCAUCCAGGGCAAUAAAGAAAACAUCAAAAAAGGUCACAAGAGCCUUUUCUUUCUCCAAAACACCCAAGCGAGCUCUGCGCAGGGCUCUGAUGUCUCACAGCGCCACGGAGGGGCGGAGCCCCAGCUCUGCUAGCGAGAGUUUCAUCGGCAGCCGCCUGACCAGCACCUCGUCCCUGGCGAUUGCUCAUUCCUCUUCCAUGUGCAGCCUAAGUGGAUCUGUCAAAUGUGCUGUUAAUGUCCAUCGCUCCAGUUCUGUUGAGUGGAGCUCUCAAAAUUCCAAGCCUCGACCUGUGCUGUGUCCUGGCUCUCCAAAUAUUCAUCUUUCAAAUGCUGUAGAAGCAAAAGCCUCUUCCAACUUGGAAAGGUUAAAUCAUCAUGCCUUGGACAGAGCAUGUGCUUUCCCUGUUGUUACCUGUGCUGAUGCUGGAGAUGAUAACCAGCGUGGUGCUGGGAAAUUCUGUGCAUCACAUCCUGACUGAAGUGAGCCAGAAAUCCUGAGUUCUCUAAGCUAGAGAGCAUGGUACAACUCUAAACAGCUCUAAUGCACAAAGGGCUUCCAAUGGUGUUGGGUUCCUCUUUAACAUCCUCUAAUGCACAGGGUUGGAGUCAGCACUCACAUGUGGUUCUAUUUCUGGUUUUGGGUGCAAACUUAUUUUGUCAGCAAUUUUUAAAUUUAAUUUUUUUGGUUUUUUUUGUGUUUUUUUUUUCUUAAUUGAUAUACAGUUGCAUUCUUCACUAUUUCAGUUCAUUUGUCCAAAUGGCCAUGUAGCUCACUGGCCAGAGUUCUGAGGACUUCAAUAACUUGGUUGCAACAAAGUCUCGAGCAGCAUAUUUUCCCUGCGGUUUUAGCUUUUUAUUCUCUAUCUGUAAAUUAAAAACAAAAAAUAAAAUAUCUGGUAUAAAAUACUUGAGUCUAACAACAGCUGAGGGUUAAAUUUUCAGAUAUGGCCAAAGACUGCAGAGGGAGGACAUGCCAUCCAUAAGCAGGCAUAGGGCUUGCUCACAGUGAAGUGUGUAUAUCCUUACCUGCCCAAAAUAUUUAAAAGGUUCUUGAGGCAUGCAGGUGCACAAGCUGCCUAACUGCCGUGACCUGUUGAUGUGCUGAGAAGCUUGGCUGGCUGUUAAGAGCAACAGAGGAUUGCUUGUGAAAGUAUCUUGAGGUCUAAUGUGAAAAGAAUAUAAAAUCUCAGCUAAUCCAAAGAGGUUUACUUUUAGUGCAACAUAUUGAUGUGUUGGUUUCACUGUAAUUAAGUCUCAGAAGCAGCUUAUUCUCCAAGCAUCAGAAAAGUCAGCUUCUUGCCUGGUGUGUGCCCAUCCAGGCAGAGCUAAAGCAAGCUCUGACAAAUCAUUGGGAUGCCUCUUGCCUCCUGCAGCCAAGGAGACAUGUGUUCAGCAUCUCAUUUGGGGCUCAGAGCUGAUGAUAACACAGAAGAUUGUAGGAUUGGAGGGGGAGCUCUGUUUCUCUAAGAGAUUAUCGUGGUGUAUCUUGUCUUCAUUUUGGAGGGAGAUUAUUACUGUAAAAUGUGUUGCAAGAUGUACACUAAUACUUAUUAACAGCUACUCUUCAAAAACAUCUUGCAUUCCAAAUCUCUCAAGGGUGGUAACAAGGAUAAAAAAACCUUUCUUCUCCAAAUUUUGAAAUGUGUCAAGUUUCCUGUUCAAACUCUAGAAAUGCUGAAUCAUUCAUUUCAAAAGCUGCCAGUCUUGAGAUCUUCUGCACUCACACAUUCCUUGUAUGAGAUGUCAAGGCUGAGAAAUGACUGCUGCGCUAUUGAGAUUGGCUCUUAAGUGAUCAGUAACUUUUU